AUGCGUUGUAUGCUCAUUGCAUUGCUCGUUGCUGUCGCGAGCGCCUAUAGAGAUUGGAAGGGCGUCGAUACAGAAUGGGCCACGCAUCCGGAUAGGACGGCAGAGUGGUACGAAGAGUAUGCCGGUGGUCGUCGGCCGGAGCUUGCCCCGGCUAUCACGACGGUCGUUGCGAACAAGUCGUCGGUUGUGAAGCUGGAAUGUGUGGGCUGUCCCUUCAGGGUGCGAGAACUGCAUCCGGAGCCAGAAGAAUGGCAGGAGCCGCCGCAGGAUAACUCGCUGCUUCUCAACUUCACCAUUGAUGCUUCCUCCGGACUCCUGCUCAACGGCCGCUCCGUCGCCCCACUUGCCCUGCCCCUUCACAUCCACGCAUUCCAAGUCCCCGCCAACUUCUCAAAGGACCACAUGGAGAAAGCUGUUAAUCUCCGACUUAUGGACGACAGCUGGAACCUCGGGACAAAAUUCGGUACGUUUGAGCUGCAAUACGAGCACACCGUCGUCGGAACGCGCGAGCCCGGAAAGUCAUGGAUCCAGUUCGACGUCACGGGUAUCUUGUACACGCCUCAAAUCUAUGCGAAGAGUGGGAACGGGUACUAUCUGCUGAAGAACGAAGACCAGAAGAUAGUGCAGAUACUACUGCGCGAGACUGCUGAGCCGCACCAGAUUUCCAUGGAGGAUGUGCAAAUCAUAGACCGCAAGGACCGCGCGAAGCCCUACAGGAUGGAGUGCGGACGGCUUGCGAUGGCGAGGACGGUGUUUAACCCGUUGGAGUGGGACCGCUAUGGCAAGAUUGGGACGUGGUCGAGGGCCUUCUAUAUGCUGUGGUCUAAGACGCGCGACGCGUUCUGGGCUAACUUCACCUUCCUCCCGAUCUUGGUCAUUCUGGUUCCGGUAAUUGUAUUGUUCCGCUGGAUGGCGAGAAAGCAGCAGGAGGUAGCGGUGCCAGUUGAGGAUGAUGCGGAGGCAGCGCUGUUGGGCAGCGAGCAUGAAGAUGCUCCGCCGGAACAUGAUGACGUACCUGGGUGCCACAUGGAAGAUGAGAAAGUGUAA